CGAGUAUGCGGCACAAGGUACGAGACGACAUGCGGCAGUCUCGCGCGGCUCGUCUGGUAGUGGUUACGAGUAUGGCGAGUUGAUUGAAAGGGCGACGACGUUAGGGGCACGUUUUUCUGUACAUAACACAUAUAUACACACAUCACGUACACAUAGAAAGUAUCAGACGAUCGCUCGCGACAAUAAAACUCGCGCGAGGAAGAUUUGAUUAUUUUGUGCGAUUCGGUGAAAGAAAUUGUUGAGAGAGAGAGAGGGAGAGGGAGAGAAAGAGAGAGAUCGAGAGCAAUCCUGAAUCACUCGACGCGAGAAGCGACUUUUUUUUCGCAUUUAUUUAUCUAUCGAUUGUACACUCGUGUAUCAAAAAGGCGCCGGUGCUACUGCACACCCGCCCGCCCGGUGAUUCGCGUUCCAACUAGGAAGUGGCCUUGCCCACGUCGAAUAUACGCCGGCCGCGACACAAAUUCCCGCUUAGGGUUUGACAUCUCUAACUCAACUCCACUCCACUCCAAGAGAUCGAGUUCGACGACACAACGAGGCAUCAUACACCGUCUUAUACGUUACUCUCGGUCGACACUGAAUAUUCGCAAAAGACACAGCCGCAAGUAACGACUUGAAACGCAUCAAAGAUGAAUAAAGUAGACUAUAUGGAAGUGACCCUCCCGAAUUAUUCCUACAUCUUUAAUUUUGAAGAGACAUUCAAGCAUCACGAGACCAAACAAUGGAUGAUGAAGAACUGGACAAACGGUUUCUAUUACUGUGGAUUGUAUAUGAUUCUAAUAUUUGGCGGACAACUUUAUAUGACCAGCAGACCUAGAUUUGAACUCAGGGGAAUACUAUGUCUUUGGAAUACACUAUUGGCUACUUUUUCUAUUAUCGGUUUUACGAGAACUGCACCCGAAUUGAUUCACGUCCUUAGGCAUCACGGACUACACCAUAGCAUUUGCAUACCAAGCUUUAUCGAACAGAAUUGCGUGUCGGGCUUUUGGACAUGGAUGUUCGUGUUAUCAAAGCUACCCGAGCUCGGCGACACCAUCUUCAUCGUAUUGCGUAAACAACCGCUCAUCUUUCUACACUGGUAUCACCACAUCACCGUUUUAUUGUACUCCUGGUUUUCGUACUCGGAGUACACCGCAUCCGCACGAUGGUACGUUGUGAUGAACUACUGUGUGCAUUCGAUUAUGUACACUUACUACGCGCUCAAAGCAAUGCGGUACCGACCACCGAAAGCGAUUUCCAUGGUGAUCACCGCCCUGCAGCUCGCUCAAAUGGUGAUCGGCUGCGCCAUCAACAUAUCCGCCUACCAGUACCUGGAAAGUGGCAAAGUGGACUGUCACAUCACUCGCAUGAACAUCCGCUUCAGCUUCGCGAUGUACUUCAGCUAUUUCGUUCUGUUCGCGCAAUUCUUCCACAAGACGUACCUGGCCGGGAAGAAAGCCGACAAGAAGCAUUUCACUAACAGCGCACCCGGUCACAUCGGCUAUAACGAUAAACUCAAGGCCAACUAAGGCGGUAACCGGCACAUCCAGGGCGCCUGGGCGUCCUUCUAUUUCUUCUUCGCUCUCUUACUCUUUUUCCAUCUUCUUUCUCCUUCCCCUCCCUUCCCUUCCCCCUCUCUUUCUCUGUUUCUUUCUCACGCCGCUGGUCGACGUAGCCAUACAUCCAGGAUCUAUUUGUGCUAGGAAACAUCUUCUAACAUGACUAACGGCUUCUAGAAUUCACGCGUUCGAUGGCUAAUGAAGCUUUUUGGUGCAAUUGGUGCGACUUUUAUAAAAAUAACUCUAGUAUAUUAUUUUCUUUCCUUUUUCACUUAAAAGUUAUUUUGUUGAAUAGUAAUUAUUGGAUAUAUAAAAUUCAAAUAAAAUUGUGUUAAUUAUAUUUAAUACUGUGGUUAUUAUUAGUUAUUAUAUAAAAUUAUAAUCAUAUAACAUUAUACAAAAUAAAUUGUAUUAAUUUUAUGUAUAGAUAUUUAUUUUUCAAACACGUUUGUUCAAACAUGUCUUUAUGUCAACUUUGACUAGUAACAAAUAAAUACGUAAUUGUCAUACGUAUUUGCGAAUUAAAAUUUUUAUCGAGAAAAAUAUUCUAGGAAUAUUAUUAAUUAAUUUUUGAGUUUCCGAGAAAAUAUGGAUCCGUCAUUGCACGCAUUGGCAUCUUUGGAUGCAAAUUGUUAGAAUUGUUACUAAAAAGUUUUAAAUUACAUAGAGCCUAAAGUACACAAGACAGCUCUAAAUUUUUAGAAUGUGUAGGUACGGCUAAAUGCAUGGGGUUACUAGAGGAUGUAGAUUAAUUCUAAAAUUCAUAUACAAAAUAUCCUGUUUUAAUUUUUCCACGCGAUUUCCUUCCGAAUCUAGGGAUUAUAAAAAAAAGAAAGAAAAAAGAAGAAAAAGACAACUUACUCUGUUCACGGAGGAAACCAUCUAAUGAGCAUUACUCUGUUUCAGGUGAAGACGCCUGGGAGAUUUUUUACAUUUCCAUUUAUUUUAGAUAAAAAUCCAUAUUUUUUAUUGUACAAUUUUUUUUCUAUUCACGAAUUCAAACAACUUUUGUUUGAAACAUGUUAAAUAGUAUUUAUAUUAGAAUGCAAUUCCAAUUAGGGGGAAAAAGUGAAAAAAGUGUUUUUUUUUCUUGUAUAAAAUAUAAAUAUAAAGAGCCGUUAAGAGCUAUGCCUAUUUUGGUCGACUCUCAUUCGCAUCUAAUUCGCAGUUUUCUUAGUCACCGUGUGUAUGUGUAAAUACAAGUUUAAGUAUAUGUAUGAGCGCAGUGAACUCAAGUCCGUGGGUUUGUUAAAAUAACUGCGCGGUUCAAUCAUUCUUGCGGUGUAAGUUAAAAUAUCCUUCGAGUUUUACAAGUGGCCUCAUCUGGAAGGGUUUUCGUCAUUCGUCGAAUUCACGUGAAAUUUCACUUUUUACGCGUUUCCGUUCCUAGGGAAAAAUUACAUGAUUGAUGCCCCGACUAGAAAAUCCUCCGAACAAAAUGAAUUUCAUGUAAAACAUUUUUUGAGAGAACUAGAUUUAGAUAAAUCGGAAAGAUUAAAAUGGGACGUCUUGUAUAAGAAUCCACAGAAACAUUUGAAUUUUAAUCCUAUAGACUCUACAAACGUAUUUCUUAAACUCUUUAAAUUCUAGAAGCCGUAUAUCCUAAAAGUCCUCAUAGAUUUCGGGUGCAACACUUCUCAGGAUCCUUAUAUUUUAGGAUUCGUAAGGCAGGACUUAUGGAGCACAAAAUCCCCGAGUCCAUAGAUCCUAAGAUAUAUUUCAGGUACACGUAUUUCUAAGGAUUCUUAUAUCCUGAGAUCUACCUUAAGGACUCGUAAAACAAUGAAUUCGCGAAUUGUCAAAUUACAAAAUUUAGAAUUCAUAUUUUGCGGAAUCUCUAGAUCCUACGAUCCAUCGAUCUUAAUGUAGGUUUUUCAGGAUUCUUAGAUCGUAGGAUGCAUAGAUCCUAAUCGAGCAUCCAUAGCCAAUUAGCGUCCGCUUGUGCGCGGAAAAUAUUCUGGGAAGGAGGCUCGCUUGAGAGAAGCGAUUCUCCUUUUCAUUUUUUAUAUGUAAUUAAUAAAGAGCUACUUUUGCAUUGCUGCAGAAGCGCGCACAUCUACGCGCGUUUCUCAGGUUCGACCGGCUGUUGCACAAUUGUUAUUAUGGUUUUGUUACUAGCUAUAUCUUUUGCAAUUGAAUAUUGAUAUUAUUUAAUAAUAAUUUAUAAGACCAGA